AUGCACUUCAAAUCGCGUCGCGAUCCACGUGGCGACGGUGUUGUCGCUGCAGUGAAAGCAUUCCGUCGAGAUGUCAGGAAAGACGUGUUUAGCCCACAGGAACAGGAUAUGAAAGCAAGAAUUGCCUAUGGUCGCUAUGCCAUAGCUAUGAAUGAAAUCGAGCGCCUGACAGAUUAUCGAUUUCCAAUUCCUACAACAACGGUCAUGAGUAAUUUGUCUACUUGA